CUGGCCAAGCACAUCCCCAACCUCAUCACAUCCAACAUCUUCUCGACUCUCUGCGCAACUCCACUCUGCCAGCGCUGGCUGAGUUCAUUUGCGGUAUUCGUUUUAUCAUUUAUACUCACAAAGCCCUUGUUUGAGUCCUCAAUUACUCCUCCCACUGCCAGCUUUAAGGGCCAGCUGGAUGACUCCAAAAUGAGGCGACUAUCGAUGAGUUUUCUCCUCCCCUUCAGGUCCCCGCUUAGACCGCUCGACUGGAAAACACCGACAACUUCCCCCGUCCGCCGAAGAGUCCAACUUUCAUAUCUGGCUCUCUAUUCUAUCCACCGCCAUCUCUCGACCUCCUCCCGGUGUUCUUCUCCCUCUCAAUUCCACCGCUCUGAUUUCACUAGCCAGCCAUUCACCGGCAGCUAUGAACCGGGCCUCCCAACAUCCGGCCCAUUGGGCUCCGCUCCCUCCUUUGGUGCUCCGCGAUUGACUCCUAAAAUGCUCAAACAGCAUCUGGAUCAAUUCGUCGUUGGCCAGGAUAGGGCUAAGAAGGUGUUGAGUGUGGCUGUUUACAAUCACUAUCAACGGGUGCAGGAGCUGCAGAGGCGGGAGGAAGAGGAGGAGGAAUUGAGGGCACAACAAGCACGUCGUGAGUCGGUAGAAGGACAUCCCGUAGAGACUGAAUUCCCAGGUCAGCAACGGACCAUUCAUACCCAAAGAACUACCAAUGAUGACAAUGCGCGAUCAGGACCACUCCCCGUCGACUCUUCUCCUUUGACGUUGGAGAAAUCUAAUAUCCUGCUGCUUGGCCCAUCGGGCGUAGGCAAGACUCUGAUGGCAAAAACAUUAGCUCGCGUAUUGUCCGUGCCAUUCAGCAUGUCUGACUGCACUCCAUUUACACAAGCCGGAUAUAUUGGAGAGGACGCAGAUGUGUGUGUCCAUAGAUUGCUAGCUGCUGCCAAUUACGAUGUAGCCCAGGCAGAACGAGGCAUUAUUUGCCUUGACGAGGUUGACAAGAUCGCCACAGCAAAAGUUAGCCACGGGAAAGAUGUGAGCGGAGAAGGAGUGCAACAAGCCUUGCUAAAGAUCAUUGAAGGAACGACUAUUCAGAUCCAAGCGAAACCAGAGCGAAGCGCUCCCCGUUCGGGUGGAUCACUAAAUUCCAACCCAGGCAGCGGCAGUGGUAAUUUUGGAGGAUCGUCCUUCAAUUCAACUCCACCAGGAUCCUCUGGCAAAGCUGAAGUUUACAAUGUGCGGACAGACAACAUCCUUUUUAUCUUCUCGGGCGCCUUCGUAGGCCUAAACAAACUGAUCAUGGAUCGGAUAUCGCGUGGCUCCAUCGGGUUUGGCCAACCUGUACGGGCAUCAUCAAACUCAUUUAGUUCCCACAAUGCUUCACAUGCAGCUUCCACCCCACCUAUUCCAAUCCUACCAGGUUCUGAGGAGGAAGCACUAUAUAAGAAGCAUCUGCCUUUCUUUACCCCGGCGCCAUUACCGUCUGGGUCCGGCGCUGACGAAGAACCAACCUACUUUAACCCGCUUGACCUCCUUACACCCCCAGACCUCCAAACCUAUGGAUUUAUCCCCGAGCUUGUGGGCCGCAUCCCCAUCACCACCGCUCUUUCCCAGCUCACCCACCCUCUCCUACUCCGCAUCCUAACAGAGCCACGCAACUCCUUACUCGCCCAAUACACCACGCUCUUCUCCCUCUCAGGCAUCGAACUUCGCUUCACGACACCUGCCCUUCACAAAAUAGCGAAUAACGCCAUGUCAAUGGCGACUGGCGCGCGAGGCCUGCGUACGGAAAUGGAAAUGAUCCUCGGCGACGCCAUGUUCGAGGCACCGGGCUCCAGCGUGAAAUUCGUCCUCGUCACCGAGGCCGUUGCUGCGCGGAAAGAGAAAGCCGUGUACCUCGCUCGUGGGCAGGGUGGCAAGUUCCACGCAAUGAUCGCCGCAGAAGAAAGCGAGUGGGAGGAGAAGAUGAGGAAGCAAAAGGAAGGGGGCGGAAACAAUAGUACUAAUAAUAACAAUGACAAUAGCUUUGAGCAGUGGAGGUCGCGAGCCAGGACAGAUACGGCUGUUGGCGGGUUUUCGUGACAUGCAUCGAAAGCUAGCCACCAGAAAAUAGGUUGGGUAUAUUAUAAAAGGACAUGACCAUGUUACUGAAUUGCCUUAUUCUCGAAGAUAUGUCUUGUCGGCCUCGAUACAAGAAAAAGAAGACAUCUCCAUGACCAGAUCGUGGGUCAUUAUUCUCUUUUCUUGAAACCUCGUUCAUGAAAUCAUCGUUAUUUGAAAGGGGGUUCAAUCGAGUCAUCCUCACUACACGCUACAGGAUUUCAUAUCUCUACUUUGUCCUAUCCUUCCCCCGGUCACUCUGUUAAGACACUCCAGCGUGUUUUUCCCUUUUUUUUUUUUUUUUUUUUUUUUUUUUUUUUUUUUUUUUUUUUUUUUUUUAUCUGUCCUCCCCUUUUCUUCUUUUCUUCCCUUCAUGUCGAUCCCCUCCCCCGAUUAUUUACUUUUACGCUCACGCUUUAUGAUGAUCAAACUAGGUUACCGGGAGUUGUUUGUUCCCCUUUUUUAUGUGUUUCACAUUUCGUUCUGUCCGUUUUCAAUUUUCCAUUUUUUGUUUUACGACUUGCAGUGUUGAUACGGGUUUACGCCUUGUAUGUUUUGGGUCGAUUUCGUCAUACCAUUCUCUUCAUUUCUCACGGGUUGCAGUUUUUACUUAUGCCAGUAUAGUAUGAUUCAACAUGAACAUUAGUUAGUUACCUACAUAACUAAGCUACCUAGGUAUUCGUGUGUGUGUGCUACUUAGGUGCUUUCCCACCGUUCCAUUCGUUCUCUUGCUGUGGAAAUUGCUAUAAGCGCAAGCAACUCAACACCUCUGUACAGCACGUACAUGUAUGCACGUAACUAGCACACAUAUCGCAUAAAUAUGGUAGUCGCCUGAGAAAAGUAAAAUUAAACAAAAGCAUAGAAGGUAGGACAAAAUCACGAACCAAGGCAUGGAUCCCCCCCCAAUCCGAUCCGUAUACUGAAUAACCAGGCUUCCCAGCAUAAAGAAUGCCUAGUACCCAUCUCAUCCCAUCUUGCAUUGAAACUAUAUCUAGGUACAUUUUGUCGGUGAGACUUUCUCACCCUUAUUGUC